AUGGCUUGGAGAAACGUUAAAAAGUUGGGAAAUCUUAUCAUUAAUGAUUCUCGGUCUUCCUCAAAAAUCGUUAACUCUCAAAAUACUGUCGCAUCUUCACAUAACUCUUUAACUAAUGAUAACCAUAUGGUUUCUUCCUCAAAUGUUCAAAAUUCUGCUUGCGCUGUCUAUAGUUGCGGUACGCGUUCGAAUUUAACUGAUAUUUAUAGCGAAUUACGUGAUGCGAGUGAGUUGCUUUAUCUUCAACUGCCAGAAGAUGUUAAAUUAGUUUUGGAUAGGCUUCGAAAUUUACAGCGUGCUGAAAAUUCUGACUUAUUUUAUGAUAAAUUGCCGAAUGGUGAAUGUCAGUGUCCGUUCGUAACGUUAGAGUCUGCCUUGAUGUCUAUAUUAAUAUUGGCUCCUACUUUAUUGUUGGAUUAUUUAUCAUCACGUCCUUCCUCUUCAAUAAUCCAAGAAGAGGCCCUUUCUGUAAUACAUGAAAAUGUGGAAUGUCAUUAUAAUGAUCGUUCUGAUCAACCUCUGCAUUCUCGUUAUUAUGCCCGUCUUUCGCAUUCUUCUAUUUCAACUCUUCAUUCUGAAUUAUCUGAAACUUCUUCAAAGCAUUCCUCGUUAGUAAAAGUUUUGAGUGCUUCUAGCCUCUUGACUAAAACAAUUGGUUCUAUAUUAUCUCAUCAUAAUGAUGUUUUAAUGAAUUCAUUUACCGAUUCUACAACCUUGGAUAAUUUUCGUCUGCUAUGUGCACGUGUGUCUAAGGAGGCAAAAGAACUAGCAAAGCAGAUAAAGAGAAUUACCACCCAAGGGAAAACAGAUAUCUUGGUAGAAUAUGGUCAGACCGUUUAUAACGAAUUAGUAUCUCAUGCAAAUAAUUUGGUGGAAUCAUUAGACCUAUUUGUAAAUUUUGUUCAUCUUCAUCUUCCACAAACUUAUGAAGAGUUUGUAAAAAUAGCAUCAGAAUUGAAUUCAACUUCGGUGAAUGCACAAUCAAAAGAGUCAUUGGUAACUGAAGAACGAAAAUAUAAAAGGCGACGUUCAGAUGCAAAGCAAUCAUUAAGUGACCUGAACAUGACGGCUGAUAGUUCGGAUCGUUUAAGUGGGCACAACAGUAUAUUAUCUGAAGGAGGGCAGUCUCCUUUAAAUGCCGGCUUUUCAGCCCCUCUUUGGCGAUCGCGAAAUGAAAGUAAUGAUUCUGACUUAUCCACUGCUUCCGCGGCUACUGCGCCGAUAAUGUAUACCAAAGAAAGAAAAAUUAUGUUCUCAGAAAGUUCCUUGCACAAAUCUAAUUUUCACAACCAUAUAUCUCCACAGUCAAAUAAUCGUCUUAAUCGCAAGAAUAUGGAACUUUCUAUUGACACUUCAUCUAGAAAUGUAUCACCUUCAUUAUCUAAUUCGAGUAAAGGCUCUAAAUUUAAAGAAAUGCUGGAUGAAUCUCCGUCUAAAAUAUCUUUAGGAUAUAACAUUGAUCAAAAUACAAGACAUCGUAUUAGAACCCAAUCAUUUAUAUCUAGAUUCAUGACCAAUAGUAGUCGUCUGUCAAGUUCCCCUCCUUUAUCACCUAUAUCAACUCAUUCUCUCUAUACUCCUUCGAACAAGAUUUCAACAAAAUCUUCUUUAUCUAUAGGAAACAGACGCAAAAGCAAAGAAAAUUUGACAGAUUCUGAAAGAGAAAAUUCUCCAAGACCUCGCCGUGUUUCAAAUUCAAGCAUAAAAUCUUAUUUUCUUAAACAUAUUCAUCUACCUUCUCGUAAAGGUAAAGUUUCCGAGAAUAUCGCUCGAACUACGAGUUAUUGGCCAGUAACUGAGGAUCCUUUAGUCUCUGAAUCUUCAACGAACAAAAGUUCCAAUCGUUUUUUCAGAGCUCCAUCUUUAUCCGGUAAACGCCCUAAGCUACAUAAAAUUAGCAGUGACACUGAUUUGAGAAGUUUACGUAAAAUGUGGGCGGAACGUGAUCAAACACCUCCUUUAUCAGCUCAUGUGGAGGAUGUUGGUGAAGAAACUACAGAAAUUAAUCCAUUUCCUUCUGUUGAAAUUUGUGAGGGAAAUCUACGAGAAAGUUUGCUUCGCAAGAUCCAUGGAUCAAUUGAUCUGGAAUCGGAUCAAGUAUAUGACGACAAAAACUUUAAUAAAUUAUCAGAUAUUAAUGAUUCGCAGAAUGAUGGCGUUUUGGUUACAAAAGUAGUUGAUGGAAGUACACAUAUUAUUGCAGGAACACUUGAAAAAUUGCUAUCCAUGUUGAUUGACGAAAAUGAACAAGACAGCGAAUUUGUUGAUUGUUUUAUUUUAAGUCACGUGUUCUUUAUCAGAUCGAAAGAUUUAUUGAAAAAUAUGAUUGUCAAGUUUAAAGAUAAUACAUUAAACGAGGAUCAAUUAAAAUUUACCCAACAAAAGGUAUUGAAUGUUCUUUAUCGAUGGGUAACACUCCAACCAGAGAAUUUUCAAAUUGAUCCAAAAUUACGCCACCAAUUGCAAAAUUUCUUGACAGAAGAAGUUAUGAACGCAGAAUUUCAGGAGGACAUUGAUCAGAUACUUUCGAAUUGUAAUACUGCUGUGCCACUACAACAUUAUUUUAAUCGUUCAAUGUCAAACGACAAUACUGAGAAAGCAUUUCAAAAAUUUCCAAAAUCAACACCACUUAUGCAAGACUCUUCACCACUUUUGGAAUUUGAGGCAAAGAAUAUAGCAAAAUACCUUACGUUAAUGGAUUUUAAUGCAUUAAAAUCUAUAACGUUCUUUGACUUUAUUACAGUCUGGUGGAGAAAGCGACAAGCAUUUGAAUCUCAGGGAAGUCCAAAUGCGGCUCUCAAAGAUCAACAAUUUAGUCAUAUAGAAACUCAUGAAAUAUGUAGCUUAAAAACAGUAGAAGCGAGAAAAGCACUACUCCACAAAUUCAUCGAUACUGCCAAGUAUUGCCGAGAAUUUAAUAACUUUCACACAUCAAUGUUUAUCGCGUUAACCCUGAAUUCGAAGCCGGUACGCCGGCUCGAAAAGACUUGGGAGUCAUUGUCAAAUCAAGAUAUUGAAAUUUUACAAAGUAUUGAAGAGCUUAUGGAUUCAUCAGGGAAUAUGCGAAACUAUAGAGCAGCGUUAGAAAAUGCUAAAGGUCCUAUAGUACCAUUUCUUGCAUCUUCUCUCAAAGAUUUAACGAUUAUAAUGCAAGGUGCUCCAACUUUUUUACCUAACAACAAUUUUCGAGAGAAACAAUUCCGAAACCCUUCAGCAACUACAACACCAACUAUUGAAUGUAACCAAGAAUCUCAUGAAUUACUACAAGGAGUGGCAUCAAGUUCCCCAAUAUCAUCAUCAUCAUUUUCAGAAGAACAAUAUACAAAAUCUGAAUUAAUAAAUUUUGAAAAACUUAGAUCACUUAUAAAGAAUGUUUAUAAUAUUAAAAGAUACACAUCAAAAAGUUAUCCUUUUGAAAAUCAAUUAUCACGACUGCCAACUAUUAAUAAUACAACUUCAUCAUUGGAUUGUAUAGGUGAUAUAAUAGAAAAACGUCUAUAUGUAGCAGCAGGAGCGAUAUUUGGUGGUAAUGUAGCACUGAUGGCGACGUCCGAUGGUGGUGAAUUAGAAGCUGAUUUAAUGGCGUUAUCAUUAGAAGCUGAACCUGCACAGCAAUAA